CGGCUGACGGUCAACGCGAAAAGCCACAAAAGAGCAGUAGCAGCAGCAGGGAUUUGGGUAUCCAUUUUGGCACCAACGAAACACAAAAAAACACAUAGAAACACAAUCAAAAUCCAAAAGAGCGACCACAAUCAACGGGAACAACAACAGCAACAGGAACGGCAACAGCAGCAACAAUAAGUGAGGGCGACUGGCGGUAAACUGGAAACGACAGCAGAGACUUAUUACCCUUAAACAUCCCACAACAAUUUGCAUGUCUUCGUUCGUUUGCGCUGAAUAUGAAAUAAACAAAUACAUGAGCCACGCCAUAAAUGUCAAACUGAGGUGUGCCGAUUAUCAUGGCAAGCAAUGUACAACAACAGCAGCAACAUCCAUGCACCACAAGUGAAGAGCCGAAGCAUCAGAGAGCACGACGAACGGAAAAGGGCCAGGAUCCAGCAGCGGGAGCAUGCCAGCAGUCCCGACCUAAGCAGCGAACCCACCAUCACCAGCAGCACCAUCCGCUAGCGAAGCCAGAGCCCGGUCCGCCCAAGGUGCAGCCGCGCCUGCACGAGCUACUGCAUCACCAGCGCAAGUUGCCAGCGACGCUGCAAGCCCGUGGUCGCCUACUGAUCAGUGAGGGUGCGCGGAACCGCGAGGUGCGUGGCUGUGGGUCUGGCGGAGGCGGUGGACUGCUAUGCUGCACCCUGGACACCCUGAACAGGCCGGCCAAACUGCUCCAAAUUGGAUUCCUACUGCUGAUUCUCCUGCUCGUCACACAUGGAGAUCCUGUGCAAGCGGAGGGCAAUGUUGGCUGCCAGUUUGUUAGGACGCUAUGCAUACCGCACUCCGAGGUCUGCUACGAUGACAACAUCUUCGGAAAGUGCAUUCCAACAACCGGUGUCGACGUUGAGGACAUUGAGAAGACACCUCUCACCGAGGAACAGUCUCGUGUGCUGGCCACCAUGCUGGAGGAGCUUCAGGGCGCCGGCCUAGGCUGGGACCAUCCGUACGUCCAGUGCCGCAUCCAGGGAUCCCUCUUCUCGCUCCAGCGCCAGCAGCAGCUUCCACCGAACCUGUGCGCCAACCUGGCGCCAGCUCCGCCGGAGUUCGGGGAUCCGGCCAGUGCCAUGGCCUAUGUGCGCUUCACGCCGCCGGAACCGGAAACCGAACUCGAUUACUACGAGCAGCCCAGUCAGGCGCAGUUCUAUCCUUCGCUAAGGAAGAAGCAGGUGCGGGAAAACGAUGCCAACGACAUAUACCUCAAUCGGAUGCUGCAGGAUCGCCGGCCUUUGCGCCACGAUCCCGGGGAGCUGGAGCACUUUGGCAAGGGGAACGGACAUGGACACGGACAGGGUGCUCAGGUGGACGUGCCGAGCAUUAUGGACACCUUCCUGGAGACUGAGCGUCAGAGGAUCGAGCGCGAGCAGGAGCUGCGACAGGCGGAGCAGGAUGCUGACCGCCGAGCAGAGCAGCAGAAUCGGCUGGAAUUGUAUCAGAUUCUGGCCGCCUCCGAGCCCGAUCCUCAGCCCUACCAGCGGAAGACGCCGGCGCCGGCGAAUGCCAUGGACCAGCUGGAGGCCAUCGUGGAGCAGCAGCAGCAGCGCGAGCUGAAGGAGCUGAAGCAGCAGCAGGAACAGCAGGAGCAGGAGCAGGCCAAGGCCCCAGUCUAUGUGCCGCCAGAGGAGGUGAACGAGUCCAGUGAGCUCUACUUUCCGGACAACUUCGCCCCGUACAAACGGGCCAGGGGUGGCUCGAGGGGCGGACUGGGUCUGGGCGAGGUGGAGAACGAGCAACCGAAGCGUUCCUUCUUCCGCGAAUUGGCCGGCGAACAGGGAUUGGAGCAGGAACCGCUAUUAAGCUUCCGACAUGCUGAACCCGAAGUAGAUUCCACUCCCGAGCUGGCCAAGCGACGUCCUCCGGCAUUUAGCCAGCUGGAUCCGAACGAGGUGGAUGCCCAGCAACAGGAACUGGCGUUCGAGUCGGGCUUGUUACGCAAUUCGCUGACUCCCCUCGAGGAGGAGGCGAUGCUGGCCUCCAACAGUUUCCCCCGGCAGGCGAACAGCCAACGGGUCUAUACCGAGGGGGGACUGCUCGUGAUGCCACCCCAGUACGGACCAGACGCGGAUGGCAUGCAGGCUGAUGAGCCGGAGAAUGUAAAGCAAUCGCUCCUCGCCAACAUGCUGGGCUUUGCCCGCCACGAGCGACUCGAUGUGAAGAAGCCUGGCCCACUGCUGGGACCACCAUCCCCUGGCUCCUCCGAACUGAGCAACCAGCUGGAAACGGACAAGGCGGGAACACGCAAGCCGGACGGCAAUGGCAACAAGGAGGUGCUGCCCGCACACAUCAAGGGCAGUGCCGAGGACGACGAGGCUCACAAGAAGAAGAAGGUCAUGAAGCAGCAGCACUCGGCCGAGGAUCAUGCGCCGCACACCGUUGACACUGAAUAUGUGCAUGUGUUCGUUAAGAACCCAAUUGACAGUUGGAACGAUGGGCAGCGCAUCAUGAAGGAGCUGGAGCAAAUACUACACAUGCAGGGAUACUUUUCUUAUUUAACCGUUCAACAACACGAAGUCAGCUUCCGGGUGAACUCAAACAACCCCGAGCGCAAGACCGCCGGCGAUGUGGCAAGGACCAUCAACGAGAACCGCGGCGUCAAGAACAACAUUCAGCGACGCGUCGGGUUCUAUGUGCUGCAUGCCGGCGUUGGUGACGUGAUCAAGGACCUGCAGGACCCGAGUGUCUCGUCAUCCCGCAUUGAGCUGGCCGAGCAAGGACCGGAUGUGACCCACAUCAUGGCCUACAUGUUCGCCGGCGCUGGUGCCGCCGCUGUGAUCGUGAUCUUCGUCACCUUGAUCCUGAUCAAGCGGCACGACCGCAAGCGGGAUAAGCUGGGCGGUCUGCAGUCGGGCAUUGCGGGAGCGGAGACCUGCAGCAAGGAUUACCAGGAACUCUGCCGUGCCCGGAUGGCCGGUAAGUCGGGCAACGGCAGCGGCGGCAACUCGGGCGGUGGUGCAACCGGUGGCUCCAACGAGCCAGCGCACAGUGGAAGGAUUACCUCGUUGAGCAAGGAGAACGAAGGCCGACCACCAUCUUCGCGAUCAAGCACCUCGUCCUGGAGCGAGGAGCCCGCCCUGACGAACAUGGACAUUUCAACAGGACACAUGGUGCUGUCUUACAUGGAGGAUCACUUGCGGAACAAGGGACGCUUGCAGCGGGAAUGGGAGGCCUUGUGCCGUUAUGAAGCCGAGCCCAGUGCUCGAGAGGCCGCCUCCCAGCCUCAGUGUGCGGGACUGAACAGACCCGGAGCUCCUUUGCCGUACGAUCACUCUCGCGUUGUCCUUAAUCAUCUGGCCAACGCGGAAGGACUGGACUAUGUAAAUGCCUCAACGAUUACCGAUCACGAUCCACGAGCCCCCGCCUAUGUGGCCGCCCAGGGUCCACUGCCGUCGACCCUGGCUCACUUCUGGCAGAUGAUCUGGGAGCAGGGAGCCGUUGUCAUCGUGGCCCUCUGCCGACUGCAGGAGAACGGAGAGGUGGCCUGUGCGCGCUACUGGCCGGAAGAAGGUGCCGAGGUCUAUCACAUCUAUGAGGUUCACCUAGUUAGUGAACACAUUUGGUGCGAUGAUUACCUCGUACGUUCUUUCUACCUGAAGAAUCUGCGCACCAGCGAAACCCGAACAGUCACCCAGUUCCACUUCCUGUCCUGGCCGCACAUGGGAGUGCCUGUCCAGGCCAAGGCACUGCUCGACUUUAGGCGGAAGGUGAACAAAUCCUACCGAGGACGUCGCUCCUGCCCCAUUGUGGUGCACGGAAGCGCCGGAGGCGGCCGAACUGGUGCCUACAUCCUGUUGGACCUGGUCCUGGAGCGGAUGAACAAGGGUGCGCGUGAGAUAGACAUUGCCGCCACCCUGGAGCAUCUGCGCGACCAGCGAGCGGGCGUGGUGGCCACUCGCCAGCAGUUUGAGUUCGUGCUGAUGGCUGUUGCCGAGGAGGUGCACGCCAUCCUGAAGGCCCUGCCGGCGAAUACGUCCGGCGAGAAGCGGGAACUGGACAAGGAUCCCGUUGUGGGCGGUGGCACCAGCAAUUCCAGCAGCAGCGCCACCAAGGAACCGCUCAAGGAGGAUAAGGCGCAGGAGGCCGCCGAGGAGGAGGCGCCCACAAGCAGUUCCAAGGCAGCCGCAGCCGCGGCCAAGGAGAAGGAAAAGGAGAAGGAGAAGGAGAAGGAGCAGCCGAAGGAUCAGGCUCAGCGGAAGGAGUCGAAGGGCGCGGAGCAAAAGACGCCGGCCAAACCAGCGAAGCAGACGAAGACGAAGUAAUCCAGCCCGAUCCAGGAUCGGGUUGAAGGUUAAGCCUCAGGUUAAAGAUGAUUGUUGCAGCGUUUCGGGGGUCUUUUCGUUGUUUCUAGUUAGCGAAUUUAGUUCGACUUUGAGUUGGAGUGAGCACUUGGAAGGUUCGAAAAAGGCUUCACAAGGUUGUCAGUAGUAGGCCGUUAUCGUAGUUGCUUUGACGAGCAACGUUAUUCCUCAGUUUAUGUACACCAGCGCCGAGAAGCACAUGGUCCCCGGGUUGGGGGUCCUCCGGUGCGAUACGCUGCCCCGGGCAUGCACCAGCCCGUCUGAUCCGGAGUGCGUCCGUGCGGCGGGACCCCUGCGCCUCGGCGGCGAUGUGUGGUGCAAGCUACUAUAGAACGCACGAUAUAUACAUAUAGAAUAUUUGAGUGUUAAAGGAUAUACAAGAAAUAUUUACAUACAAUACAUACUUAUACUUAUAUACAUGUCUAGGUGUUAAGCAUUGAUUCAAUUAUGGAGCAUUUUACUUACGCGUACACUAAUCGAUAUCCGAUAUUGGCAUAUUCAACGUUAAACUCUAUCGAUGUGCUUGGAAAGCGGACGAAUGACAACAAUCGAGCUACAAGGUAUACAUAUGCCAAGCCAGACUUAACCGAACCGAACCGAACAGAACAGAAUCAAAUCACCACACUGGACAUGGUCAGACAUCACUACCCAAUCCACACUGAAACCAGAACAUAUGCCUAUACAGGAGACAGACAUACAUAUUACAUAUUACAGAGAAACACUGAGAAAUGCAAAAUUUGUACCUAACAAAGCUCUAUAUUUACAAGACAUGGAAGGACGAGUUUGGUGAGGAGCAACCUAUUGAUGUGUAUGACAAUUAAUUAUACAAGGUUAUAACCGCACUCUUCAAAUAUAUUUGUAUACAAUUAUAUUAUUCAUAUACAUGCUACGGCGAAUGUCAUUAUCUAUGGUAUAUCUAGCUAACCAUGAGUGUGCUAUUGAAUCAAGUAUCGUUUUACCAGACCAUAUGUACGUGUGCUAAGUCAAGAAACCAGAGAGCAGGAUUUCCUCAGUUAUUAUCAAUCGCUCCUAAGCUUAGGCCACACUUUUGCCCUUCGCAGUUGAUGAAUACACCGCAAGUUAUAUAUAUUAUAGUAUCUACCCACUACUUAUUAGUAUGAAAAUGUCAGAAAUGGCACCGCAGCUCCCUCCUCCUCCCGCCAAUCGGCGUCCGGCCCUAAAUUUUCGAUCCACUCUGACCAACAAAAAGGCAGCUAAGGGUCGGGCCGCGGACUGGGCCACCGGGUGGAGGUCGGGGCUGCGUGUGCGGUUAGGAGUAUGUGCCACAAACAAGCUACUGAACUUACCGAGAGAACAAAAAAUUAAAAAAUCCAAAAAAAAAAAAAAAAAAGAGAAACCGUUUAGAAUCGCCAGAAAUGGAAACUAAACACAACACAAACACACACUAAUCACCACAAGAAACACAUCCCACUCAGGCACGACCCUCGAACGAAUCAAACGGACAAACAGGAAACGAACAAAGCGAAAUAUAUCCAGAGAAUCACACGGUACUAUGCGGUCGGGAGGCUAGUCCCUCGGCUGCAUGACACGCUACACGAGACACCCCAGGGGAUAGCCACAAAGAUACAAGUGACCAGCGAUGUGAUCCGACACCUGCAGAAGCAGAGUCAACCUUCGAUUAGGCCAAACGAUGAACCAAAACCAUGAAAAACUUCAAAAAUACAAAGCAAAUAAGCUCAACUCGAUUGAGGAGGACGAUGUGCAAGUGCUGCUAAUAGCAGAGAAAAUAUUAAAAAAAAAAAAUGAAGAAAAUUAUUAAUUAAUUAAAGAUACCAUACUUAACAGUUUUACGUAGCAGUUGAACUUAACCGUAAUGAAAAUGAGUUAUCGUAGUUCGAAUAUUCCAAGACGACAAAGAUAAGAUACAUUUCAGCUAAACUUAAGCAAGAAAACAAAACCAAACAAAUACGAAAACGAAACGAAUAAUUAUUAUCUCGACGCAAACGACUUCUUUGUUAACAUAUUCUUUGUUUGAACGUAACAAACACUACUCUCACACUACACAACAAAUAAAAGCAACUGAGAAACAAUAUUACAAUAACUGUGGCGAGUCCGAACAACAACUGGGGCUUGCGAAAACCUAAGCAAAAUUAUUAACGUGGUAGAAAGAAACAAAACUAAAUAAGAAUACAAGUAUAUGAGCAUAAUUAACGAUUACUGUUUUUAGAGCAAAAUAUUUAGUAGUGAGUUUUUCGAUUCAUUUACGAGUACUUGACGCAACGUUUUUUCAAAGUUAAUUAAAUACAAGUAACAAGCUACAACAAUUUCAAUUCAAAUGUUCGACGAAGCAAAUUAAAUAAGUGUACUAAAACGUAAUGUAUAUCGUAUUAUAUAAAGGCAAUUAUUGAUGUAUAUUUCGACAUAACAUAACCAUAACCAUAACCAUUACAUAUUAAUGUAUAACGAUUAUCGAUGAAGAAAACAACAACCAUGCGUAGAUUAUUGAACGGAACUUACACAUAACAACUAAAUACUAAUAUAAUAUUAUAAUAUUAAUGCAUAAUUGUCUAACGGACUUCUCCAUUAUUACACUACUGGAUAAUGUCGCAUCUAAUUGAGUGUAAAGCCCCCCAAGUACGGGGCGAGUACACACAAGCCAAGCAUUUCAUCAUUUCCCCAAACUAUUUCUUUGAUGGUGUAACAUAGAUAUACAAAUAUAAAAGCAACAAAGGCAACUAUAAUUGAUUAUUUUAAAAUUAAGGAAAGUGAGAUGUGACGAUGAAAACCGCACCGAGGUAAAUACAAUUAUUUGCUGUCAUGCUGAGAUCACAGCAAGGAUAUAAAGACCGACUGUUGGGACGGACUUAAACUAAUCCCUGGCCGUCACUUGGCUGGACUCCCUCAAGGGCGGCGGCGGCAGAUCGGUUUGCUGGCCAACAAGCUCCGGGGUCAGAAGAGACGAGGAUGAGGAGACGUCACCUACCAUAGACCGACCCGACCGACGGACGCCAUGAACCCAGAAGGACCGCAUACAAAAUGGUUUGAGUUCCUAAACACACGCAACCCGACCAGACCACCCCACAAACGGCUGUAUAUACGCACAUCUCUAUCCGGACGAGCAGCUGAACCUGACCACAGACUCCACCCAGCAACUGCAACUGACCGAUCGGACGGAACUUAGUCAUAGGCCUACGUAAUGAGAUUCUAAAAUAAAAUCGGAGUGCGGCCACACACUGACCUCUCGCCGGGCCAAGGGACAGAGCCAGGAGCAACGACGACGACGACCCUUACAGAACGAGAUACGCGAACGAACUUAUCAAUCAGGCAACCAAACUUAAAAGCUCUGUGUUUUUGGUUUUUCGGUUCGAGAGAUAUUGAGUUUGGUGUCCGCGGAUGAUAACAUACAAAUACAAAUAAAUACAGAAUCAAAUACAUGUUGAGGUCGGCAGCCACAUACGGAUUGCCGUCAGAAUCAAUUAACUAUCGAGUAAGCAAAUCAAAUAAAACAUGAGCAGGCUUUCAUACAUUUUUGGGAAAUGGAAACCCAAGAGUAAUAAUUAUCUGACUAAGUGAGGCAUUUAGCGGAUAAGAGAAACAUUUAACAAUAUCGAUGUGUAUACAGAAUAUAUGCCACGCGCAGAAAUAUAUAUCUAUUUAGCCACUUGGCAAGGAUUUGUGUUAUUAAGCAAACAAGAUACGAAAAAUACAUUGAGAAAAGCAAACAAAAAAAAGGUAAAAUCCAGCAAAAAAUUAUGCUGGCUGAGGCCACUAAUAUCUAAAUGUAUUAAAAAGUGAAAGCGUUAAAUGAUUAUUAAACGUACAUAUAUGUUAUGUAUGAAUCAAUCAAGCGAAUCAAGCGAAUACAAAACAAAAUACACCGAACACACCGACACAGGACGAUGAGAACAUGGAGCAUACCUAUUAAAGGUUUUUUGUGCAAAUCUAAUUAACCUACGCAAUUUAAGUGUUUUAAACAUACAUAUUACAUUAACGUGCUACAAUUAUUUAUGAGAAUUAUAUAGCAACAUGUAUACCUACAUACAAAAUAUAUACAUAUAUAUAUAUAAAUGUUAUUAACCACUUUGAAUUUAUCAGAGUCGCAGACCGAAGAGCUGGAUAUGCAUACCAAUAUCUGAAUGUAUCGCGCCAUUGUGUAAUAUGCGCUACAAAACACAAGUUAAAACCACAUAAACAUAUAUUAUACUGCUGCAUGUGUAAAUUAUAUAAAUGUAAAUUAAACAAAACCGAAAAAGAGACGAAAAGAAACAGAACAAAAUGCGAACAAUUUUCGAUGAUAAACAGCAAGCAGAAAAGUCGAACAAGGACAUGUCGUUGUUGAUCCGGUAAUAAUUACGAUUACUAUUAUAAUACAAGCCAAAAAAAUAAUAAAGAGACCCUUAAAGAAACUGAAACUGAAGCCACACCAAUACACAACCCCCUAAGGCACGCAGAUCCUUGGUUCCCCCUUUGCCCAGUGUCUACUGUCUUUGUCUAAAAUAAGAGUUACCGAAAAGCUUCGGCGUCCAGUUCAUAGAUUAUCCGUCUCUGCAGGGGGCGGCACGCGGUGUCGCCUCUGAGACUCACUGAGAAAACAAACACCAAGCAAAACCUAACAAUCCGAACAGGUACUGUACUAUAAAAUAGCCUGUAGAGUUGCUUAUACAUGAACUGCUACUACUUAGAAUGUAAUCUAACCAUAGCUAGCUUACUUAUUUGCACACUGGCACGCUUCCCACUCGGUUGGCCCCCCGUUGAACACGCAUGAUUUCGACUUGAACACACUUAUCCUUCUUACUAACUUACUUAUUUAAUCCAAGACUCUUAAAAUAGCUGCAUGGACCCUCCAAAGACACGCUUUAUCUGCUCAUUUAAAGGUAACUGAGAUCUUGAAGAUACAGUGCAACACCUUAAAUUAAAUGAGGUUCCUAGUUAUCUCCCACUUGAUUAUGGUUAUUCAAAAAGUUGGAGUUCUGCUUGCAUUUUAUUUAUAUUUUUUGGCUAAUAAAUCCCUAUAAUAAAAAGAUUAAAAGCUACACUUGUCGAUAUAGGAAAGGGUCAGAAUUAUGGGUACGCAGUAAUGUAAUGUGAAUUCCAAUUUAGCCACAAUGGUUCAUUCUGACUAAUGAAACAUUGCUGCUAAAUAAUCAUAAUCAAGAACUGUUUAAUAACAUGAAAAAGCAGAUAGAGAUACACAAAUACAUUAGAAUAUACACACAUCAAGUAAGAGCCAGGCAGAUUUUACACUGGGAAAAAGGUUAGUUCAUGUCUUAGGUAAUUAAACACAACAUAACCACAAAUAGCCAACUUACACUUGAUUGAAUGAAUUGAAGUUUUUCGGUCUUAUCUAGGACAAAGGUAUUUAAAGUAACUAAAUAACAAUUAAUAAAUGCAGGUGCACAGCGGAUAUGCACUGGGAGAAACAUAUUUCGUCACUGCAAAGGGAGUUUGCAGCAUUGCGCUUCAGUGUCCAUAAAAUUAAUUACACAACCAAUAUUCUAUUUUACACACAUAAAAUGUUUAAAACCCCUCCCCAGGGGCAAAAAUAUAUACAUAAUCAGCUAAUUAACAAUUAAUAGCAACAAAGUGCAUGCGGUUUUUUCAGCCAUAUGCACUGUAAGAAACACUUAGCGUUCCGCCUUGGGCUCUACAACAACACUAAACGAAACGAUCAGAACUUACAUUAACACAUAAAAUGUCACACAAGCGGUUGUGUAAGAAAAAACAUUUAAGUAACAACAUUAAAAACAAUUUGAAGACCCUUUGGACUCACUAUCGAGAGAACACGCACUCGUACACUUUGUUUCGCCUCUUCAAGCAGGCUUGGCACUUAAGCCAUCUUAAAUAUUCAAUAAAAUAUAACCACAAGUUAAUCACAGUUUAACAUUUAACCAAUUAAACACAUUUCAAAUACAGUUAAAAUGUUCAAUAUACAUACUUAC